GGGGACCAGAAUCGGGGCCCCAUAAUUACCCAUCCACAGUUCUCUCGCUGGAAAACCGACAUGGACAUCCCACCAACGAACGGGAUUACCCCUCCUACGUCAACUUCUAUUUUUCCAUUGGCUCAUACCUAAAUUUUUUUCCCCCCGCGACAGACAGCAGAUAGUCGCCAUACUCCCUUUGCUUAUAUGAAUUUUCCAUACUUGUGGCGUAAUAAGGAAAUGAAUUCGAGCUUACCAAACUGAAAUCAGCUUCUGAUAUUUUCAAGUACCAAAAGAUUCGUGGUGAAGGGGGGUUCGUAUUUGGCAAAGUCCAGCCCCAUGAGUGACACCGCAGCCCGUCAACCAAAGAGGCCCCGCGAUCUAAACCUCGACAUCGACACCCCACCAACACCUCAAUACCACUACCAACAGCAACAACAACCACCACCACCACCCGCAGCCAUGACCGCAGAAUCCCCCUCCAAGCUCACGACAGCAAAUAUGACCAAGAAGCGCGGCCUCAUCGCCCUCGGCUGCGAAGGCUCCGCCAACAAGCUCGGCAUCGGCGUGAUGCUCCACAACGGUACAGAGUCCACCAUCCUCUCCAACAUCCGCCACACCUUCGUCUCCCCGCCCGGCACCGGCUUCCUCCCCAAAGACACAGCCAAGCACCACCGCUCCUUCUUCGUCCAGAUCGCCCGCCGCGCCCUCCGCGAGGCCGGCGUCGCCGUCGCCGACGUAGACUGCGUCUGCUUCACAAAGGGCCCCGGCAUGGGCGCGCCCUUGACCAGCGUCGCCGUCGCCGCCCGCACCUUGGCCUUACUGUGGGACAAGCCCCUCGUCGGCGUCAACCACUGCGUCGGCCACAUCGAGAUGGGCCGCACCAUCACCGGCGCACAGAACCCCGUCGUGCUGUACGUCAGCGGCGGCAACAGCCAGGUCAUUGCCUACGCCGAGCAGCGGUACCGCAUAUUUGGCGAGACGCUCGACAUCGCCGUCGGCAACUGCCUCGAUCGCUUUGCGCGCACGCUCGAGAUCAGCAACGACCCGGCGCCGGGAUACAAUAUCGAGCAGCUGGCCAAGAAGGGGACGCGGUUACUGGAGCUGCCGUACGCCGUCAAGGGCAUGGAUUGCUCCUUCUCGGGCAUCCUUGCCUAUGCGGAUAUUCUCGCAGGCCAGAUGAAGGCGGCGCAGGCCAAGGGGGAGGAGACGUUCACACCGGCUGAUUUGUGCUUUUCGCUGCAGGAGACAGUGUUUGCCAUGUUGGUCGAGAUCACGGAGCGGGCCAUGGCACACGUUGGCAGCAAUCAGGUAUUGAUCGUGGGAGGUGUCGGCUGUAACGAGAGACUACAAGAGAUGAUGGGCGGAAUGGCUGCGGAGAGAGGCGGUAGUGUCUAUGCGACCGACGAGCGCUUCUGCAUCGACAACGGCAUCAUGAUUGCCCAUGCCGGUCUAUUGGCCUACGAGACCGGCUUCAGGACGUCCCUCGAGGACAGUUCAUGCACACAAAGAUUUAGAACAGACGAGGUAUUCGUCAAAUGGAGAGACUAAUGCCA